UUAAACCAGACUGUACAUGCCACAACAGUACAAGGCGCUUGUUCCUCUAUGAUUUACUGUAUCAAAGCGGAUUGUUUCUAGAGUGUAAGAGGAAAAAAUACUUUAAGUGCGUUGUUAUCUUAUCAAGAUACUUUCACUACUUCGUUGUGCUUUGAAGAUAUUUUAAUUAAGUUGCUGUGUCCUGAAGAUACUUUAACUACGUUGUUGUGUUCUGAAGAUAUUUUAACUACGUUGUUGUGUUCUGAAGAUACUUUAACUACGUUGCUGUAUUCUGAAGAUACUUUAACUUCGUUGUUGUGUUAUGAAGAUACAUUAACUACGUUGUUGUGUUAUGAAGAUACUUUAAUUACGUUGCUGUUUUGAAGAUACUUUAAUUACGUUGUUGUUUUACGAAAGAUACUUUAACUACGUUGCUGUGUUCUAAAGAUACUUUAACUACGUUGCUGUGUUCUGAAGGAUACUUUAACUACGUUGCUGUGUUCUGAAGAUACUUUAACUACGUUGCUGUGUUACGAAGGAUACUUUAACUACGUUGUUGUGUUACGAAGGAUACUUUAACUACGUUGUUGUGUUACGAAGGAUACUUUAACUACGUUGUUGUGUUAUGAAGGACAAUGGAGAAAGACAAGAGAAUAACUGACUACUUCAGUGAAAAUUUCUCACCGAUUAACAUACUUUUCUGUUUGUAAAGGUUUGACAUUAGACUUAGCUAGUAUGCCACUACUGGAAACUGACGGCAGCGAACACCUUGAGUACAAUAUAAGCCAAGAAGGAAACGCUACGUUUUCCUCAAACAAGUACGACAAUAUUACACUGAGUGACCCCGGUCAAUCCAAUAUAACCAAAGCGAUUGUAACUUUAUUCCAUGAAUAUCCGCCUGCUUUGCUUAGCUUUGGAGCUGCGUGCUGCAUUGUUUUCUCUAUCAUUGGAAUCCCAGGGAACCUGAUCUCUAUCGGGGCACUGGCUCGAAGUCCGCGGCUUAGAAAUGCCACAACAACGUUUAUUAUCAACCUAUGUGUUGCAGAUGCCAUCUUUUGUGCUUUUUCUAUCCCUCUUUCGGCCUCAACGUUCCUCAGACGUAAAUGGGUUCACGGAGAUGCGUUAUGUGUGCUCUUUCCAUUAAUUCGAUAUUCCAACGUCGCCGUAUCCUUAUUAUCUGUUGUGGCAAUAACAGUUAAUCGUUACGUCCUUAUAGUUCAUCCACAAAAGUAUAAAAGCAUUUACAAAAAACACUGGAUUGCGAUUAUGGUGGCAGCAAUCUGGCUGUUUUCUUUCAUCUGUCUUCUCCCUCCUCUUCUUAACGUUUGGGGAAAAUUUGGAUUUGACCCCACUGUCGGAACUUGUACUAUUCUGAAGGUUAAUGGUCGUUCACCAAAAGUUUUCUUGUACGUGUUUGCUUUUGUCUUGCCAUCUGUAGCUUUUGUCAUCUGUUACUCUCGAAUAUUUUGCGUCGUUCGAAAAGCUCAUAAAAAUAUCAAAGAACGACCAGACAACACUAGAACUGAAGGAGGCCCAAAGUCACCGAGGAUAUUACUUCAACAACUCCGAGAAAAAUUCCACCCGUCAUCAGAAUUUUCUGGUAAAAGGAAAAAAGAACUAACCAAAGACAUCAGGCUUCUGCGAAUGAUUCUGGUCAUCUUCUUCACUUUCGUCAUUUGUUAUCUUCCUGUAACUAUAAUUAAAAUAACUAGAAAAGAGGAUGACCUACCAGUGAUCAACAUUCUGGGCUAUGUCUCAAUUUAUUUUAGUUCUUGUAUCAACCCCAUCAUCUACGUCUUGAUGAGUCAAGAGUACAGACAAGCGUACAAAAAAUGUUUCAAUUGCUCCAAAGAUCUUACCAGCAGUAGCAGUUCUUAAUAACUUCCAUUAAUGUAACUUAUUUUACAAGACUUUUUUCUUUUUUUUUAAGAACAUGAUCAAAGGAAAAAAAGUUCAUGUUUGAGUUUCUUUUGAAUUUACCUGAUCUUUAGUCUUAGAUUAUAAGAUGUUGUUUUUUUAUCUUUAUCGCCGAAAAUUUGUGUUAUUAAUCAGUACAUUUAUAAAUUUUCAAAUAUGGCAUCGUUAAAGAACUUUAAAUGAAACUGUAAGGAAUGUAUGGGCCUAACACGCUUAGUGGUUAGAGCAUUUCACUCGCCAUCUGUAGGCGAAUGUGCUCGCCCCUUUAGCCGUGGGGCGUUAUAAUGUGAUAGUCAAUCCCAGUAUUCAUUGGUACAAGAAUAGUCCAAGAAUUGGCGGUAGGUGGUGUUGACUAGCUGUCUUCCCUCUAGUCUUUAACUGCUAAAUUAGGGACGGUUGUCUGGAGAGAUGGGCGCCACCAGGUAAUUCUGCCUGAGACCUGAAAUUUACUGAUGAUGCAUCAACAUCUAAGGUGCCCCAACAGUCACAAGCUGCAUCGAGACUAAAAAAAAAUUGAAUGGAUGGAGUUGCUACUAGCAAAACAAAUGGAUUAACUCUUCGGUUCAAAUGAUAAGAACACCAAAUUUGUUCCAGUUGGUGGCGACAUUUUCUUAAACAUUGCACGUUAGCACCUAAGUAGAAACUUUCAACGUUGAUUUUGUAGAUUUAACAGUGUAGGAGUACAAUGUCAACAGUAUUUUGAUUAGUUAAAAAUUACACCAUUAGCUUUAGCUGAUUGGUUAACCCUCUAUUUAUCAAGAACACUUGCUUGCUAAUUGGUCAGCGCGCUGGUUGACAAAAAUAUUUGCUCCUCGUGCCCCCGUUUGACUGUUUUUUUUAUUCCUCUGGAGAUGCUUGUAUAUAUUUUUCUGAGAUAAGAUAUGAUGUGUGGUUUUACACGAUGUUAUUUUGUCAUUAUAACAAAAAUUGUUAACAUUGUUACCCAAAAUCGUUUUGUUGACUUCAACAACACUUUUCUAAAAGUCCGCAAAUAGUGGUUAUAAGUCUUUCAGGUUUGUGUAUAACAAACCAAACUAAUUCGUAGUGUAUGUUACUGGUAGCAAGUUAAACUUCCUUAUAUACUUCUCAGUGACUAUUGUAACUUUGUGUGUCUCGAGUAAAUUAGAUUAGACUUAUUACUAACUUUUUUACGGCCGACACUAAAAAUAUAUUCAUUUCUUGUUAAAUGUGUCCGGAUUUUGGGGACUAAAACCUUUACAAAGAAGAAUAUAAGACCACGUUUCGAAAGAGCUCAGUGUUCGUUCAAGUUAUGAUUUUGCAUGAAAUAUUUGAUGGUGUUUCACAGUAUAAAAUUUGUGUAUUUUAUCAACAUUUGUUUUAAAAAGAUGUUUCAGUUUUUUGGAUAAUGGGAUUUCAGAUCCUGAAAAAAUGGAGAGGGGUAGUAUAUACUAAUUUUUCAGUAUUUUAGUUUGCUUUUCUGGGCUCCGAUUCUAAUUUAAUCUUUUAAGGAGCAUACGUCAUGGAUCGUCUGCUGACAGCCAGACUUAUGGACAAAAUAAAAAUAAUAUAAUGAAGAAGGAUAUUUAUAGAUCGUUAAUAUUUUACUUUUUUAAGUAACUAAUGAAUAAUAAUGACAUAUUUGGUCAUCACGCAAUUCAAUAUGGGUUGAAAUAUAAAACUUUAAAAAAACAAUUUGUUAUAUUUCGACAAUUUCUGGAUUACAUAAAGAAGGUUGUACAUUAUCUUUCAGAUCCACCAUUUUUGUGUUAUUCGACAAAAUGAUCGAAAAAUUUUGUACUUACAAACUAAAAGUUCCGAAUUGAGCAAAUAAAUAUAAAGCUUGUUU